AUGGUUGUCUUAGGUGAUUUCAAUGCUAUAAUUUCACCUGAAGAGAAAUUUGGUGGUAAAGCUCCUGACAGAAUAUCAAAGAUGGAUUUUUUUCAUUGCCUUAAUGAAUGCAACUUAAUUCAAGCUCCUAUCACAGGUCAGCAAUACACUUGGUCCAAUUGUCAACAAGGAACAAAAAGAAUCCUAUGUGUUCUAGAUAGAGCUGUUUUCAAUUCUUUAUGGCUACAAAAGUAUGGUGAUUGGGGAUAUAAGGUUGGAUUGAGGAUAGUUUCUAAUCAUGCUCCUUUAUUAUGUGGUUGUGCAAGCAUACCCAAACCAAAGAAUGUUCCCUGGAAAUUUCAGAAAAUGUGGAUUGAACAUCCAUCAUUCUUAAGUGAAGUGAAGAAAGUAUGGAAUGAGAAUAUUAUUGGAGAUCCAUCUUUUAUUUUCACGCAAAAGCUAAAAAAGUUAAAAAAUCUCUUAAGUGAGUGGAAUUGGAGUAUAUUUGGUAACAUUAAUACAAAAAUUAAGGAGGCAGAAGAGAAAGUUCAAAAAGCAAUGGAGUUAUCUGAUCAAAAUCCCUUAAAUGAAGAUCUUUUAGCCAAUUUAGUAGCAGCUCAAAAUGAACAUGCAACAAGAGAAGUUCAAGCAAAUACUCUUAUGAGACUUAAAUCAAGAGCAAAAUGGAUUAAAGAUGGUUCUGCAAACACUACAUACUUCCAUGCUAGAAUGAAGAUUAGACAAGCAAGAAAUACAAUUAGUGAACUUGAAGAUACAAAUGGAAAUAUUAUUAGUGAUCAAUCUCAAAUUGCAGAUACUUUAGUCAAGCAUUUUCAACAAAAGUUUGAAGCUCAAGAUGUUGAUGUUUCUGAAGAAUUGCUUGAUGUUAUUCCUUCAGUUAUUACAUAUGAAGACCAAGAAAUGUUGGACUCCAUUCCCACCAAUGAAGAAAUCAAAAAAAUUAUUUUUGAAAUGGAAUCAGAUAGUGCCCCUGGUCCAGAUGGAUUUCCUGGAUCCUUUUAUAAAAGUUGCUGGGAUAUAAUUCAAUUGGAUUUAAAAGAUGCCAUACAAUUUUGUUGGAGAAGAAGAUUUAUUCCCAAAGGCAUGAAUUCAAAUUUCUUAACCUUCAUUCCUAAAUGUGCAGGUGCUAAGAAAGCAAGUCAAUAUAGACCAAUUGGAUUGAGUAAUGUAUUAUUCAAAAAUUUCACAAAGAUAAUUUCUGUCAGAAUGAAUGGACUCAUGGAGAAGUUAAUUUCAUCACAACAGGCUGCUUAUGUUAAAGGAAGAACUAAGAAGACUUUGCUUUGUCUAUUCAAACUGAUUGAAAAAUAUCAACAUUUGCUUUGUCUAUUCAAACUGAUUGAAAAAUAUCAACAUAGCUCUGGUCAGAUGAUUAACAAAGCCAAAAGCAAGUGUUUUAUUGAUGGUACUAAUUCAACCAGAAAGCAACAAAUUAACAACAUAAUUGGUAUGGAUUUAUCUAAUUUUCCUGAUAAGUAUCUUGGUAUCAUUCUAGCUCCAGGAAGAGUAACUACUGAAAUGGUCUGGCCAAUGGUCCUUAUGCUUCAGAGCAAACUUGCAGCUUGGAAAGGGAGAUUAUUAUGUUUUCAUGAUAGACUGAUUCUUGUUAAAAUAGUUUUGUGCAGCUACCCUCUUUACAAUAUGGCAGUUUAUAAAUGGCCAUCUUCAGUUAUUAAGAUAUGUGAAAAACUAAUAAGGAACUUUCUAUGGUCAGGUGAUGGAGAGGUUAGAAAGUACAAAACUUUAUCUUGGAAGAAGAUCUGUGUGCCAUAUAGUGAAGGUGGCUUGGGUAUUAGAAGGCUAGAAGUUCUUAACAAAAUUUUGCUGAUGAAAAUGAUGUGGAAAUUGGUAUACUCAUCAGAUGAAUGGGCUCUGUUUUUUACAGCUAAGUUCAAAGAUAAAUAUGGCAUAUGGUUUUCAAAAUGGAAAUUAUCAUCAGUAAGAGCAGGGUUGCAAUGGGCUUGGCUUACUUUGCAAGAAGACAUCUCUUGGAAGAUUGGAAAUGGUGCUAGCAUCUCAGUCUGGUUUGAUAACUGGUAUGGAUCAUCACCACUAAUUAAUGAAAUUGGUUAUACUGAUUUUAUUCAUAACAAUAUGCAGCUGAAAGUUCAGAACUUAAUCAGUAAUAACCAAUGGAAUAUACAUCCUCAGUUGCAGCACUUGUUACAGAUUGAUAAUUUGCCUCAGAUUCACAGUGGAAGUGAUUCCAUAAUAUGGAACCUACAUAGUAGUGGAAUGUUUAAUAAUGCAAAGGCAGUGGAGAAAAUAAGACACAAGGAAGACAAGGUUGAUUGGUCUUCUUAUAUAUGGAGGAAAUCUUUGCACCCAACUAUUGCCAGCAACAUUUGGAAGCUUCUGCAAGGUGUUUAUGUGAAUGAUGACAUGAAAAGAAAAUAG